GUGACAAGAUAAAAAGCAAGAUGCAUGUUGUGGUUUUCCGUCGUUGGUUUCAUCGCGUAGUAGCGCUGUAGCUUUGCUUGCGCCGCGUUCUCUUCAGCCGUUCAUGGGACCAAAACGAGGGCAGCUAUCCUCCGGCUUGCGGGCCGCAUGGCGCAAGCGCAAGCGACCACCAGCACCAGACCAUGCGGAGGAGGAUACGGAAACUAUGUUGCCCAGAGCACAUCAAAAGGCCAGGGAAAUAAAGAUAGACGCGGAGCAGAUGAUGGAGAUCAUGCGCAGCAAGCGCAUAAAGCCGAAGCGCACGAAGGCACGAAUACGUGGCUUACAGCCAUCGAGUGAAAAUCAAGCUCGGUCAAAAAAGCGGAGCGCGAUCGCCGUUGCAGCCCUCCUGCUCGCCCACCUGUCCGUUACGCUGGCCGAGUGGCUGGCCAGCGUGGACGUCGACAUAGGCAGCCCAGCGCACGUGCGACCAUUCCUGCAGUUGGAUUCUCGCAGGCAGCAGCUCGUGUAUACCUACAGCCAAACCGACCUGGGCGUCGCGAAGUUCGAGACGGACGCGCAGGGCGCCAGCUGGAACGGCGCCGCACGCGUGUUCACCCAGGCGAAUGUGAAUUUGACGCGGAGCAAGGACCAGCUCGACGCCAUCGCGCUGUACCAGGACGAGCUGGUGGUCGCCAGUGCGGACGUGGUGCAAAUUCUGCAGCUGCAGCCGAACUUUCUGAACGUGACGUAUCAGGUGCAAAACCCCUGCGGCAGCGAACACGUCCGCCCGAGUACGGUGAAUUUCGACCGCCGGCUGUUGGUCGUCGCGUCCGGCAAAAACAAGACCCACCCGGAGGGGUCGCUCUGCGUGUUCCAGCGCACGACCCCAACCGCGCCGUUUCUGCUCGAUAAGAACUACUCCGCGGAGUCGGGUAUCUCUGAACUGGCCGUGAUCGACACGGGCACGGACGAAAUCGUCAUGAUGCUCAACCAGGACCGAAAAUCCCCCACCACCGGUGAGGAGAUGGUGGUCUUCACCGAUACCCCGUCGCGCGCAAAGAACUCCAUCGCGGUGGAGUACUUGUCCAGUGUGACCGUGGAGAAUUUCAUCCAGGUCGCGUAUCAACUGUAAAAAUGUCUGGGUCUGGAAGAUUGCAACUUGUGACGCUGUCUCUGCAUUGUACAAAAAUCCGUAUUGCAUGACCAGCAAGAGGGCUCCAGUUUGUGCUACAUGGAGAGGGUAUUUCUCAUGCGGGAUAGGCAUCAGAAAGCCCGCUGAAAAUCUGUGAUGCCAGGUUAUGCAUUACAGACGUCAUGUGUCAUGUAAAAUCUGCAUGACAUCCAGACCCAGACAUUUUUACAUUUGAUAUCGCGGCCUUGCAGCUGAUCGGCGGGAUACGCCAGGGGAAAAUCGCAUUCUGGCAGCGACCCACGGGGACGAUAUCAAAUGUAAAAAUGUCUGGAUCUGGAAGAUUGCCGGGUUUGUCAUGCAUAUUUUGAAUGAUCCAUGAUGUCUGUGAUGCAUGCCCUAGCAUCACAGAUUUUUUGAGUGCUUUGUGAUGCCUCUACCGCAUGAGAAAUGCCCUCUCCACGUAGCACAAACUGGAGUCCUUUUCUUGGUCAUGCAAUACAAAUUUUUUUAGAAUCCAGAGACAGCAUUACAAGUUUAGAAUCUUCCAGACCCAGACAUUUUUACCUAAGAUAGAUAGUUCCUAAAUUCAGAACACACACACAAGCUCCCCCAUGUAUAAGCUAAAAUCCGGCACCUAGUUCCUUUCAUGUUCAUGUCAUAAUAAAUCUCCGUACAAAAAUACUGAUCUAUAAUUUUCUAGUUCAUGCUUGUGGUGAUCCUUGCUCAAAUGCUGUGAUAGUUCUUAGUAUAAUUAUUUCGAAUGCGCAUUUGGGGAUAGGGUCAUGAACGGCAGUAGUGUCAGCGAAUAGUAGUGAGCAUGCACCCACGGUGUGCUAUUCGCACGGCCAUGACACUACUGCGCGAGCACCCACAGGCUCCCAGGUGCCUAGCGCUUUGGCCAGCGUAGCACCUUGGUAGAGCCUGCGGGACCCCGUGGGCAGAAGUUCACUGCACCCAAUUUGUAUGUUGCGCAAGCGAUAGUAUAAGUAGCAGUAGUUAGUUCCACCGGUGGACAUAAUAGCAUGCUUUAAUCUCUCUCUACAUAGUGCAUCCACGUAGUUCUCUUUUCUUUUCUUUCUUCAAAAAGUUCAAGUCGUUCUCUUCCCCGUGCUGUACCAAGGUCUUGUUUCCAGACAAAACACCAGACAUUUUUACACUUGAUAGACGACGGUCUGGUCUAACUACGUCAUGAACACGGUGCAAAACGUCACGAACUUGUACCUCGCCUCCGCACCGGACGGAACGUCGAUCACCAUGGCGGCCGUCAUUGCAGAGUCGGACAUCGCAGUAUUCCAGUUCCCGGUCUUCCCCGGGGCUGCGGUACGAGGGUUUUUUUUUUCUUUGGCUGUUUUAUGCUUACAGCAUGAUCUUCGUGCUGUGGUCUCUGUAUGGGACAACUUGCUGCACUGGGUCUCUGUACUAUCGGCUGCCAUUUUCAGAUGUGGUUUCGGCUCGACAUUGACAUGACAAACACGACUAUCAGGUCGCGAACACGGAGCCGUCGGUGACCCUCUCCGGCGUGGCGAACUCGACCGACGGCAAAAUCGUGCGUGUGAUGGUGGGCAGAACCGUGGGCGGCUGGGACCACUACAGUAUCGCGGCGCUGGUCCAGGAACCGAGCAACAACGCCCAGAAGCUGAAAACUUUGGUGUCCGGCAAGUGCCCCGUCUCGUCCUUCGAGGCAAUUCCCGGACAGACCAUGCAGUCGUGCUCGAGCAUGUGCGACCACAAGGCACGGUGCGUGCUCGCCGGCUGGACGGGCGGGACGUGUCGACUCUCCGACUCGACGGACACAACCGUGGCGAACUGCACCUACCCGACCGCGUACUCGUUCACAUACAAGCAGGAGCAGACGCCCGUCACCACCGUGGGGUUUAAGGACGCGGAUCUCGACCCCUACGAGCGCGGUGGCGAGUUCCAAAUCAGCUUCACUGGGGUUUUUGCAAAUCGAGUCACGCUCACGUAGGAUCUUUGAUUAUUUUCACGGGCCGAGUUUUGUGAAUUGCAGACGAAGUAUAGACGUUGUUCUUCCUUUUCAACGCAGUUUUAUUCUAGACGUCGCGACUGCACUGAGGCGUACUAGUAGAGCAAGUUUCUUUUGCAUCAACAUAGUGAUAAACUUUCAAAUUCAGGUUCAUCAACGAGACGCAAGAGCUUCGUUGUGUCGGGGGAAACGAGACCACUGGGAACUGUACCUUGCACAACAUUGAGCAGCGGUACCCGAUGUGCGAGGAGCUUGAUUACAACUUGACGGACGCAAUCGAGGUGGCGAACGUCGAUAAGGUCCCGGUCGACCCCCGCACCUUUGUCUUCGUGGAGGAGGGCACCGCGACGCAAACGUGCUAUCUGUCCGUGAACUAUGUGCAGGACAACCAGUACCAGAUUCUGCUACGCCCGGACUUCAUGUUCAACGUCACGAGGCUAGAUUUUCAAGCCGUUUUGCUGGAUCUGAAUGACACCAGCAACGUGCUCUACGCCUCGGACGUGUUCUCUUCGACCGGCGCUAUCAUGGACAACGUACUGACGUGGACGGGCUUGACCUUCACGGACACCAACCCCAACUGCGAGGCGCUGGGCGGCAAUCUUCUGUGGGGCUUUUCGGCGAAUUUUAUCAGGUGUGAAAAACCUUGUCCGCGUGCAGCUACUUCCUCAACGCUGAGGGCCGGCGUGCAGGGGAGCCUGAGACGGUCGGAUUGUAAUAGAACGGGAGGGGUUCACUUUUUCCACUAAAUUAUGUAGUCUGGAACGCUGGCCAAUUUGCAAAAAGUAGGUGAAAAAAAUUCUGCGCUUUGAACACUCACCUGGCGCUAAACCCUAUACCCUCAUCGCACGCAGUUACUCAAAGUGUGACAUGUAGAUACAGAAAACGUAAGAAUUUUCACAUGUGAUAAGACUCCAACUGGCGGACACGGUCCGGAACCCUUUACGCUUUUUCGGUGUUUACGUUAUGGAUGGCGAGAGCGUACAGAACUCGACGAAGUUCAAACUGGUCAACGCCGCGCCGCAGCCUGUGCACGUGUUUGAAACGGUAGACACGGAAAACGACCUGUACAGCCACUGGGCGGUGUUUGCGCAGACCAACGUUGGCGUGCACAAGCACAACGUUCUCGUGAAGGUUUUCUACGACCUUGGUUACCAGCCGAAGAUCAGCAACAUUCGGUUUCCCGAUGCCGACGCCCGGGCUGGCAGCGUCGGCGGCUGCGUCGUGUGGGACAUCAAGAUGAUCAACACGACGUGCCUGACCCGGCACGAGAUCUGGUUCCGCGCGCCCGAGAACUACAACAACGGCCAGGACAUCCAGAUGCUAGGUACCGUCAACGUGUCGACGCAGACCUUCGACAUCCCGAAGGACACGCCCAUGCCGGUACCGGAAAACGUGAACGUGUGGUAUGUCGUGAUCAAGUCUGGCUUCGUGUCAAAAGACCUCGAGGCCCGGGUCCUCGAUCCGCGGACGCACACGGAGGCGAAGUUGGUCUACACGCCGGACAGAAUAACGGGACAGCUGUAUGAAAAGGAAAGAUCCCCCCUCCCCAUAUCAAAAAGGAAAUCUGUGAUGCUGGAUUUGCGUACACAAAUCAGAUUUGUAUUGCAGCAAAGCAUUGCGGCCAGAUCCCCAGGCUAGGGAGGGGCGUAUGGAUCUAGUUGGUCAGCAUUGCAAACGGCUGACCUUUAGGCCCCACAGCAUGACAAAUCGCUUCCAUAAUGGGGAGGAAGCUUCUGCCCUUGUCUUCUUGCAAGACAGAUGUGAUUUGUGACCCCAAAUCAGCAAGACAAAUUUUCGGAAAGAUACCUUUUCGAUAUGGGGAGGGGGGAGUUUUCACUCAAUAAGCUGGAUUGGCCGAAGUCGUACGCGUUGGACCUGACGAUCCUGAGCCGGAACCGGAAUCUGUUCAACGACACGCUGUUCUCCUACCCGUUUCCCAACGCCCUCCAGUACGUCAACUACGCCCAGAUCGUGAAUUCGCCACUGUCGCUCGAGCAGUGGUUUUCGCUCCUGUCCGCGGGAACUUCGCACAUUCUCAUGACGGAGGCCAUGAUCGAGCACCAGUACCUGCGGAACAUCACGGCGCCGCCUUUGCCAGCGGACGAAGUGAUCAACUUUUUUCCGGUCCCGCUGGAUCCGGAGGUCGAUCAGUGCAUCGUGGGCGCGAUGCUGGACGAGCCCCUGUGCUGGACCCAGGCGCACGACACGCGGCUGGAGUACUGGACCACGCCCGUGCCCGAGCGACGCAUCGAGUGCGCGGUAGGGAUGCCGGGGUUGAGGACCACGCUGCAAAACCUGCAGUAUUUGUGCAGAUAUUGCACGAUGGAGAUCUACACGGCCCCGGCGCCCACUACGGGGCUGCCCACGGCCACCACCCGCGCAGCUUGCACGCUCUCGGAGCGAAACAUGUGCGCCGGACGGGUCAUAGACUUUUCGCAACUAGACGUCGUGGAGGAGGCUGCUACGCCCGCAGUCAGGUGAAAAAAAGCAAUAAAAGCGACGAAGUACA